UCUGCAUCAUCCAUAUUCCACAACAUUCAUCACUAACCACAACGUUUCUAGAUCUCUCUCACCCUCUCUUUCUUUCUCUCUCUCCUCUUCUUUGCAGAGGGUUCCAACGUUAAUCUUCUUUUCCUAUGGCUUCCGAUUCUCUGGUUAUAAAGCAACUAAGUUAUAGAGCUACAUAAUUUGAGAUACGCAAGCUCAUAUCCCGAGACAAUGUUGGGGGGCAACAAUGGUAAUUCUGUGCUUCCUGUUUUCUUGGAUGAGACUCAAUUUCAGUAUCAAACUAAUGCAGCAAAUCAGCUGCAGUUGUUUGGAAAUAUACAAGCUGGAUGCAGUGUUGACCCAGUUAAUUAUUUUGGGAAUGAGCAUAUUAGUUCCAUGAUUCGGCCUAAUAAACGAAGCAAGGAAUUAGAAGAUAUAUCAAAGCAGCAAAAGCUCCAGAUUUCCUUAAAUUACAAUGUUUGUCAAGAUGAAGCUGAUGGUUCAGCAAGCAUUCCAAACCCAAACCCUGUGUCAACAGGAUUGAGACUUUCUUACGAUGAUGAUGAGCGUAACUCGUCUGUUACUUCUGCAAGUGGCAGCAUGACUGCCACACCUUCAAUCAUACUAUCCCUUGGUGACAAUAUCAGAACUGCGCUUGAUAGGCAGCAAGAAGAGCUGGACCAGUAUAUUAAGCUUCAGAAGGAACAAUUGUCAAAGGGAGUGAGAGAUCUGAAACAAAAGCACAUGGCUUCCGUCCUUUCUGCCAUUGAGAAAGGUGUUAGUAAGAAGCUUAGGGAAAAAGAUGCAGAGAUAGAGAACAUGAACCGUAAAAAUAGGGAACUAGCAGAGAGAAUAAAGCAGGUAUCUGUUGAAGCACAAAACUGGCACUACAGAGCAAAGUAUAAUGAAUCAGUUGUCAAUGUAUUAAGGAACAAUCUCCAGCAGGCAAUUUCACAAGGAGUUGAACAAGGAAAGGAAGGUUUUGGAGACAGUGAAGUUGAUGAUGCUGCUUCAUAUAUUGAUCCCACUAACUUCCUGAGCAUUCCUGGUGCACCUAAAUCUACCUCGAAGUACCCUCAUGGUAUGGAUAAUCUGACUUGCAGAGCAUGCAAGGCAAAGGAGGUUUCCAUGUUGUUGAUGCCUUGUAGGCACCUAUGCUUGUGUGAUGAGUGUGAUAGAUUUAUCAGUGUUUGUCCUGUUUGCCAAUUGAUAAAAACCACAAGUGUCCAUGUGCAUCUGUCUUAACUUAUAAAGGGUGAGUAUUUAAAGAAAAUGGAAAAUACAUCACUGUUAUGCUUGUGUGAUUUGUCUGCUUAAGUUAUGAAUUGUAAAGCACUUGUCACUAUAAAAAUUAACUUCCAAUGAUAUCUAUAUUCUCUUUGCAGAUUGGCUUAUGUUAACCCUCCUUC